GUCGCGGAAAGAGCUCAGCGCGUUGUGCACUGCAUAGGCAGAUAGGCAUUGCAUAGGCGGUAUCGGCUCGGAAACCACCCUGAUUCCGUCCAUAUUCCCUCAAACAAAACACCCAACACCUAGCUGCAAUGAGCGACAUUGCACACAUAAAGUCCCUGCUCAAGGCCAUCCCGGACUUUCCCAAGAAGGGCAUUCUCUUCCAGGAUAUCUUCCCUAUCUUCCAGGACCCUCUCGCUGUCGAGACCCUAGUAACGAACGUCGUGCAUCAUAUCCUUUCGACGGGGUUGCCCAAGAUUGAUGUUAUCGUCGGUCUCGAUGCUCGUGGGUUCCUGCUAGGCCCAUGGAUAGCCAACCGCCUCGGCGCAGCGUUCGUUCCCGUCCGCAAAGCCGGCAAGCUGCCUGGAGAGACUACAAGGGUCGCUUACGAGAAGGAAUACGGAACUGACUACUUUGAAAUGCAAACAGGCGCAAUCAAGAAGGGCCAGAAUGUCGUUGUGUUCGAUGAUUUGAUCGCAACAGGCGGCUCAGCAAAAGCCGCGGGAGACCUAAUCGCCCAAAACGGCGGAAAGACGGUCGAAUACAUCUUCAUUGUCGAGCUCACGGCACUUCAAGGGGUCACGAAGUUGGAUGCGCCGGUUUAUUCUUUGGUGCAGUUUGAUGAUUAGAGGGUGGGGAUCUGGGGGAACAGAGACAUACGACACGAGCGUAGCACAGUAGCCAGUUCGAGUAGGGCGGCCCGAUGGGAUCCUUUUGCUUUCGGCCGUGUGUGAUGUAGACAGACAGUGCGAUGCAGACAUUUUGUACAUUGGAUUAUAUAGCAUAAUAGACAGAAAUGUAUCAGAUUGUGAAAUGGUUGCGUGCGGAGUUGGGGCAUGCGAGAAACCCAGCCCCUUAUCGAUGGAACUGAAUCAUCCCUGACAAAAUCAUUGAUUAUCAGCGACAACUUCACACUGCUAACGACCAUCAACACGAAAACUCACCCCACUUCCCAUUAACCCUCCA